AUGGCAGCGUUGACUCUGGUCUCGGGCUCUGUGGGUUUGAUAACUCUCCAAAACCCUCCUGUCAACGCACUCAGUUCUGCAGUCAGACAAGGCAUUGUGGACACUGUGCAGAGAGCUGUGAGUGACCCACAGGUGAAGAGUGUGGUAAUCUGUGGUCAGAAUGGGGUCUUUUGUGGAGGAGCAGACAUCAAGGAGUUCGGCAAGACCAUGUUGGGGCCUCCACUUGUGCCGAUGAUCCACACUAUAGAGGCUGCGGACAAACCUGUGGUGGCCGCUAUCGAGGGCAGCGCUCUGGGCGGAGGCCUAGAGCUGGCACUGGGCUGUCAUUACAGAAUCACACACUCCAAAGCCAGGCUGGGCCUUCCAGAGGUGACCCUGGGUUUGCUGCCAGCUGCAGGGGGGUCACAGCGUUUGCCAAGGCUGAUCGGAGUCCCAGCUGCCCUAGACCUCAUCACCACAGGCCGUCAUGUGACUGCAGCUGAGGCCUUAAAGCUGGGGAUAGUGGACCAGGUUACAGACCAAAGCACUGUGGAAGCAGCUGUCAAGUUUGCCCUGAGUGUCGAGGUGCAAUCGCUGACGUCCCGCCGGAUAAGCACCCUGCCAUGCCCCUGUCCUGCUGACGUGGAUGCACUGUUUGAAGGGGUGAUGCAAAGGGUCAGACAGAGGGGCCGUGGGGCCAUAGCGCCAGUGGCAUGUGUCCAGGCCGUUCAGGCAGCGGCCACUCUUCCCUACGCUCAGGGCAUGGAGAGAGAACAGGAGCUCAUGGCCACACUGUUUACAUCAGGGCAGGCCCGAGCUCUGCAGUACUGCUUCUUCUCCCAGAGGGCGGUGAGCAGGUGGAGUCUUCCCUCUGGAGCCCGCUGGGACAGCACCAAGCCCAACCCUGUCACGAAGGUUGCUGUCAUUGGUCUGGGCACCAUGGGUAGAGGCAUCACUGUGGCCCUGGUCCAGGCAGGACUGUCUGUGGUUGCUGUGGAGACACAUGAGCAGCAGAUGAUGGCAGCGCAGCGUGCUGUGUCGGGCAUGUUGGAGCGGUUAGCUCAAAGGCAGGGAGUGCCCUUAGCGCUGGACCGAGUGAGGUUCAGUACAGAGCUCGAGGCUGUGGCAGAUGUGCAGAUUGUGAUUGAGGCGGUGUUUGAGGACAUGGCGCUGAAGAAGCAGCUCUUUAAACAGCUUUCUUCUCUCUGUCCAGCAGAGACUCUGCUGUUCAGUAACACUUCAUCUCUGGACAUAGACCACCUGGCCGCUCAGACUGAUCAUCCUCAGCAGGUGGUGGGAAUGCACUUCUUUGCUCCAGCCCACAUCAUGAAAUUGCUGGAGGUGGUAUAUGGGCCGCGGUCGGCUCCACAGGCUGUGGCUACUGCUAUGGAGCUGGGGAAGAGAAUGGGAAAAGUGAGUGUGGCAGUGGGGAACUGCAGAGGCUUUGUAGGCAAUCGAAUGCUCAUGCAUUAUUUGGAGGAAGCCUUGUUUCUCCUGGAAGAAGGGUCCAGUCCUGAGUCCAUAGACCAAGCCCUCAAGGAGUUUGGUUUCCCCAUGGGGGUGUUCCAGAUGUCUGACCUGUCAGGACUGGACGUGGGCUGGAAGGUGCGUAAGGCUCAGGGUCUGGUGGAGCCAGGGCAGAUGAGCAGGGUGCGACAGGGCCGCAGGUACAGCCCUCUAGGGGACCUGCUAUGUGAGCAAGGCCGUUUUGGUCAGAAGACGGGCCAGGGAUGGUACCUAUAUGAUCCAGCAGGAAGCAGAACACCCCGACCAGACCCCUGGCUGCAACGUUUCCUGGAGCAGUACAGGGCUCGACAGGGGCUGGUGUCUCGCCGCAUUGACUCCGAGGAGGUGCUAGAGCGCUGCCUGUACGCUCUCAUCAAUGAGGGCUUCCACAUCCUCCAUGAAGGUAUAGCAGCAGGACCAGAAGAUAUCGACAUGAUCUAUGUGUUUGGCUACGGCUGGCCCAGACACCGUGGGGGGCCUAUGUUCUAUGCAAGUCAAGUUGGAUUGGCCCGAGUCCUACAGAGACUCGAGCACUACCACCAGCUGCACCCAGACGUGCCCCACCUCCAGCCCAGCAGCCUGCUGCGACAGCUGGUGUCCAGCGGCAGUCCCCCCAUCCAGAGGUGGAAAGAGGCCAUCAGGAAACCACACAGUGCGCUUUAA